CUUCCUCCAGGCUGUACCUUUUUGCUUCAUUGACGCCAAAUCGGAAAUUAAAAGGUGGAGACAAAAGAAGAUCAUCAUCCUCCUUAUCACCUACAACUCGCUCAAAGAUGUCGUCCUUUUUGGGAUCUCGAGUGUCUAUACAACUUCAGCGAGGCGGACAAUUGCAAGGAAAGAUUGUACAUAUUGACGGAAAUACAGGAAGUUUAUCAAUCGAACAAGAUGGAACAGGUGCAAGACUAACAAUAACAAGAGGAGAUAUUGCAGAUUUACGGAUAUUGAACAAUCCACCACCACAACCACAACCCCCUACUCAUUCGGAUCCUGCAGUGAUCUCAUACGCAAAUGCUACUGCAGGAGCGUCUUCUAGCUCAUCAACACCUAAACAUCAUGGCAAACCCAUCCCAACAGCACCGGCAGCUAUGCAAGCAUCUCUAAGCGGAGGAGGCGCAUCAAAGAAAUCAUCUGCCAAGAAAAAUGGAACAAAAACUCCCGAUACACAUGCGGGAAAAUCUACAGGAAAAGCAGGUAAAGGAAAACGAUCUACCACAAACACAGAAUCUGAUCUAGAAGAAGAUUUUGAUUUUGACAAAGCGAUGAAAGGAUUCGAUAAGAAAAAGAUUUGGGAAGAAAUACGAACUUCGGAUAAAUCAGAUCCUAGCCUCUUGCUUGUUUCUCACAAUCGAAAGAUGGCAGAAGGAGGAAAUGGUCAAGAGAAACUUGCUUGGGAUGAACCUGUUUUAGACCCUAGCUCACCACCUUCUUCUUCUAGCAUCGGCAAGCAAAAUGGAUCAAACAAACAAGCAAAUCACAGUUUGAGCAUGAGCAAUGUUCAAUCGGAGCUGGAUCAGGUCAGAGGGAAUACACUGCAAAAGGAUCUCGAACUGUCAAAGCUGAGAGAUCAAGUUCGCGAUUAUCAAACCAGAAUAUUUCUGCUAGAAUCACUCAGCGGGCUUGAAAUGAGUGCUCAAAAGGAGGAAAAAUGGAAUGUGACCUUAUAUGAGAGUGCAAACGCACACAGUGAAGCAAAGAGACAUGCCCACAAGAACGCACCUUCUCCGCACAAGGGUGUUCUGACAGUCUCAAUUGCACAUGCAGGGGACAGGUUACGCUACCUGGGCCCUGUGAAACAUCUAUCAGACGAAACAGUGAUCGAACGACUGCCUUCACAGUAUCGCGGAAACGAGAUCGGGCUCAAACCGGAAACUGCUUCACUCUUCUUCCGAAGAGUUCGCGAUGCAAUUCAAGCUCCAAGCUCGACCGCAUGAUAUUCGAGAGAUUUAAAAGUACAUUAUUGAUAUUGAUACAUGACUAUCGCCGUCUUCUUUGGGAACCUGUUGCUGUGCCUCCUGAGCGAUCACCACCGAUACUUUGUAGCCAUGGCGAAUUCACUACCGCACGAUAAACGCUUUGUGGUCCUUGCAAUCGCGGAUCCUCCAUCCAAGUAGGAUAACGAUCUCGCAAAGCAGCGAAUGCCAGUAAUGCAAUGAUGACCAAAAUGUACAAGGAAAUGAGUGUUUUAUCACGUUCUG